AUGGAAUUGGAACUGACGUCUCGUCAGAGACAGCUCGUGGACGAGCGUAAUGAGCUUGUGGACUCGACUUUGCAGAAGUACCGUUUGGCCGGCCAGAUUGCCCAGACAGGCCUGGCAUACGUGCUGGCGCUGCUGAAAUCGCCUAAACAUGCUGAUAAGACGGUGGGUGAGAUUUGUCGUUUGGGAGACUUGUUUCUUCAUCGCGCCACUGCUAGUGCUUUCAAGAAAAAUGUCGAGGAAAAGGGUAUUGCGCUGCCGGUUCAGAUUGAGAAGGGAACCUUCGCAUCGGGAGUCGCUCCCGAGGAGAAUGACAGCUUUCAAGCUGGUACUAUUUAUGACGAGGAUUUGGUCAAAAUCACUCUUGGUGUUCAUAUUGACGGUUAUACAGCCCAGGUAUCUCGUACUAUUACAGUAGUACGACCUGACGAAAGAGAAGCUGCUGGUAAAGCUCAGGAACCUCUCGAGGGCCCUGAGGCCGAUGCUCUGAUUGCAGCUUAUUUGGCUACUGAGGCUGUAUUGGCUCUGUUGAGUCUGUCGUUGAAUACAAAUAACCAUCCAUUAAUUGCUGAGACUGGUCCUGUUACAGGUACUAGAAUCAGAAAGCUGGUAGAGACGGUUGCAUCUGAGUUCCGAACACAGGUGGCUCCUGGCAGUAGAGUCAGAAGAGUUCGAAGGUUCUUGGCAGGCCAAAGUGAUGCUGUUAGAGAAUCGGAUUUAAAGGGAGUUAUUUGGGACGAAGAACUGGAAGAGGACAGAUUAUUAGACGAGGUUAAAGCUGCAUACAACCGGGCCACUAAACCCGAGCAAAGUCAGGAUCAGGCUGAAGAUUGGGAAGAAGUGCGACCUGGAGAUGAUUUCGAGGUUGUUCCUGGUGAAGUUUGGCUGGUAGAUAUUCGCAUGGCUGCUACUGGUGGAGAAAAAGGUGUUCUUAAAUACAGAACCGUUCUUGAUUCCACCACUGCUACUGCAUACAAGCCAUCUAUUUAUGCCCGAGACUAUACAGUGUCGUAUGGUUUGAAGCUGAAAGCAUCCAAGAACCUGCUGAGCAAAGCCGAUAACUUUACGUCUGUAUAUCCCUUCAAACUGUCAUAUCUAGCGGACGACGACAAUGAGCUGAAAUCGCACCGACUGGGACUCAACGAGGUCGUCCAGCACCAUCUGUUUGUUCCCCAGCCAAUUGAAGCCAUUGACUUCAUCCCCAUCGAUGCUUAUCAACACGGGUCUGUAUCUGCCAAGAAAGCUGCCUCUAGAAGCGGACAACCAGUUGUUGUUGCCAGAGAAAUGACCACUGUCGUUCUCAUCCCUGCCUCGCAAUCGCAGUCCGGAUUCGGCGAAUCCAUCCGACUCACCGGUGGUAACAAAGUGGCUCCUCCUUCCUGGUUACACAGUAAAUACGAGGUGCACAACGACGAGGUGCUCGCACUCCUCAAAGUGCCUAAAGAGCCCAAGAUCUCGACCGGCAUCAGCUUCCAGGUCGUCCAGGCCUCGAAACUCACCGACGACAUUCUCUCAUUCGGCGAGACUGCUCCUGCUGGCGGCAUGGAAAUCGACUAA